CCUCGUCCUGUAGUGUUUUGGUUUUAGAAAAUGCUGCGUCAAGACUUGGCCUUCUCCAAAACCCUGAACCCUAGCUUCUUCCCCUAUCCGCAGCCUCUACCCAGCUCUCUCCGCCGAAGAAAAACCCUCAAUUUUGAGUACCCAUUUCGUGGGGGAUUAGUUUUGGCGGUUUCCGGUGGAGAUUUCCCGUCUCCGGCCGAAAUCCCAGCGCUUUCCCGCAAAAAUGAUGGCGAAUUCCGGCGAGACGUGCGGACGAUGGCGGGCCGGAGCAAAAAUAAGCCCGGAGGCUCCUCCGGCGGACGGAUUGAGGGAAACGCGGAGAUGAGACGCGAGGCGAAGCGGAACGCGCGAAUCAAGUCGAAGAAGCUCACCGAGUCUCUGUUUUACAGACUGUACAAUAACCCUAACCGUAGUCGCCGUAGCAUCCUCAGUAACCAUCCAGACAAGUUCACGGAGGAGGAACUGGAGAUGAUAGGGCUUGGGUACGACCGCAUGGUUCGGUUCAUGGACAAAGACGACCCGAGGUUGAGACAUCCGUACGACUGGUUCAAGUACGGAGAGUUCGGGCCGUACUCAUGGCGUGGCGUUGUGGUUGGCGACCCUGUUCGAGGGACACUCUCCGACAAGUGUGUCAGCAUGAUGGGUGAAGUGAAGGACCAUGAAGAAUGGGAAAAGAUCGAGCAGCAUGAGAUGAACACUGAUUUCCAGAAGAGGGUGACACAGUUGGAUAAAGGUGUGGGCUUGAGGUACUUUUGGGUUUUCGCUAGACACCCGAAAUGGAGGCUUGAGGAAGCGCCAUGGCAGCAAUGGUCAUUGGUGUGUGAAGUGGUGGUGGAAGCAGAGAAGAACAAGAGGCUGGACAAGUGGAACUUGAUGGGGAGAUUGGGAAACAAAUCCAGAUCCUUGAUAUGCCAAUGCGCAGCAUGGUUCAGACCCGACAUUAUAUACGUGAAGAAGCCUGUUUUCCAAUGUCGUUUCGAGCCACAAGACGAUUUCUUUAACUCGAUCGUGCCUUAUCUCGACCCGAGAACAGAGUCGGGUUUCUUGUUCGAAGUGGAGGAUGAAGAUGGUAGAAUAGAGAUGUGUACUUACUAUGGAGGGUUGUGUAAGAUGGUGAAGGUGAGACAGAAGGCUUUUGUGGACGAUGUGGUGAAUGCGUAUGAGAAGUUGAGUGAUGAGAAGAAAUCAAAGGUCUUGAAGUUCUUGCUCGGAAACCAUCCGGUUAACCUCUUACAUCCUUACACAAAAGAGUGGAAGGCUAAGCUGGAGGAAAUGGAGCUCGGGUGCGAUGCUCCGGACGAAGAUGAGGAUGAGAGGAACAUUAAGGGGAACUCGGGAGAGGCUGAAUUCACUGAAUGGGUUGAAGAUGAAGGUGGCAAUGAUGACGAUGACAUUGAUGAACAUGAUCAUGAUGAUGAUGAUGAUGAUGAUGAUGAUGAUGAUGAUGACAGCAUUGAUAGCAUGGUUGUGGAUGGGGAUUUGGAAAAUGAUGAAGAGGAAGUUGAUGCAGAAGAGGAUGAGAAGUAUUGGGAAGAGGAGUUCAAGAAAGCGGUUAGCAGUGCAGAGAGAAUGGAGAAGCUUGCGGAGAGGAGUAUGGAGUUGUCGAGUAGGUUCUAUGAGAAGCAGAUGAAGGCAAUGGAAGCAAGAACGAGGGAAAACGGAGGGUUAGGAGACGGCGAUGGGGAUGAGUUGGCAAUGAGAGGUAAGAAGGCGAAGGUCAAUCCCGAAGAAUGGAAGAUUCUCGGGUAUGGCAGAUGGAAGAAGAGGAUUAAGAAGAGCAAGAUCCCGCCCGAGCUGUUCCUGCGUGCUGCGGUUAGGCCGUUCACUUACAGGAAUCUUGUGAAAGAGAUUGUUCUAACAAGGCAUGCCAUUUUGGAAGGCGAGAUUGGUGCAAAAGAGUGAUGAAUUUAGGGUUUUGAAUACCGCAGGAAAUGAGAGAUAUUUAUGAUCAGCUAGCAUCAAUUGAAACUAUGUCGGAGUUUCAAAACUUCAUGCUUGUAUUGAUUUGUGAAGUGGGAAUACGAUAUUCUUGUUGUCAUGUUUUGUUACGCUGCAGGUCAUGUAUCUAAGUUUUUAAUUGUAUCUGA